CCAUUUAUUUUUAUAAUGAGUGUAGUGUGUUUUUGUGCUCAUUAUUUUGCAGAUAAUAGCAUAUUAUUACGAACUGUUGUUAUAUUACUCGCGCACAAGGUUAUAUGAAAUUCAUGCGAUUAUUUACUUAGUUUCAUCGCUACAAACGGAGUGUAUUCAUUUAGUUUUAAAUAAAAAUAACGCGGUGCAAAAGUCGUGAGUUCGUAAACUUUUUUAUUACUGUUGAGAAGUUUUCUUAUCAGGGUAUUUAAUUAUGUCAGGUUCCUAUGAAGAGCCACCCGAGAUGAACACAUUGAGUCAGGUCAUCGAUCAUGAACAUAUGGUCAAAAUAACUUCGAAUUUCUCAAGGUUGGGAGACAGAUGUUACUUGGAAAACGCUGGAGCCACAUUAUAUCCGGAAUGUUUAAUGCCUAUUAUACAUGAAGAUCUUAUGAGCAAUGUCUAUAUGAAUCCUCACUCUGACAAAUAUACCAAAGACUGCGUUGAACAGAUCCGAAGUAAUAUCCUCAAGCAUUUCAACACUGAUCCGUCUACCUACACUGUUGUAUUCACAGCGGGAACCACUUCUGCAUUAAAACUAGUUGUUGAAUCGUUCCAAUUUGCUACAGAAGAUGCCAUUGAUGGUAAAAACUGGGGAUCAUAUUUAUACUUGAGAGACAACCACACAUCAGUGCUUGGACUUAGAGAAAUUGCAGCUGAUAAAAAUGCUGAUAUUGUACAUAUAUCUCAUGAAGAUUUCUUAUUAGCAGUUAAGAAUUAUAAUAAGCAACGUUUGAUAAAAAACAAUAAGUUUUCAAGCAGUAGUAAUGCCAACACAUUGCUGGUAUAUCCUGCUCAGAGUAAUUUUAAUGGCUUUAAGUACCCUAUAGACUGUAUGGAUAGUAUAAGAAAUGGUUGUCUGAAUAGCCAUUUGAGAAAACAAUUGGUAACAAUUAAUAAUAGCUGGUACAUUCUACUUGAUGCAGCUUCUUAUGUGUCAACAAGUAGACUAGAUCUGUCUAAAAUACAACCAGACUUUGUGUGUAUGUCGUUUUACAAGAUAUUCGGAUACCCAACUGGAUUGGGGGCAGUCUUAAUUAAGAAUAGUAGUAGCCACGUGCUUUGCCAAAAGAAAUAUUUUGGAGGCGGUACAGUUGAUUUUGUCUUAAGUACAGAAGAUGUUCAUGUGAAAAGAAAAGACUUAUAUGAAAGGUUAGAGGACGGGACCAUACCGUUUCUAUCAGUACUAGCUUUAAAACAUUGUUUUGAUACAAUGAACCAAUUGAUACCUAAAAUAAUAAACGACGACUUAAUGGAGACUAUAUCACACCACACAUUUUACCUAGCUAAAGACCUUUAUUAUCAACUGCAUGAGUUAAGGCAUGCAAAUGGCAACAAGGCUGCAAUAACAUAUUUGGAUUCAGACUUUAGUGAUAUAAAGAAACAAGGUGGAAUUGUUACAUUUAAUCUAUUAAGGGACGAUGGAUCGUAUAUUGGAUUUGUGGAGUUUCAACACAUGGCGGAUCUAUUUAACAUAAGUGUUCGGACAGGAUGCUUCUGCAAUUCAGGAUCAUGUCAGCGACAUUUAGGGGCGACCAACAAAGAAUUGAAAGAAAUAUUCAAAUCCGGACACGUUUGCGGUGAUGAAAUAGAUCUCAUUAAUGGAAGACCGACAGGAGCCAUAAGAGCAUCAUUCGGAUAUUUCAACACUUUCAAUGACGUCGACAAACUAGUCAGUAUGAUAUGCCGAUGCUUCGUUAAAACGAGAAUGAAACCAAGAAGACGUAAUACAAACAAUAAUACCCAUAAAACUUUACUGGAAGCAUUGAAAUCUCACAAAAUAUACAACGGCAUAUCACAUUCGCCGAGCAUAGUAAGCCAACAGGAUUUCUAUUACCAUGAACUUGAAGAUGUAACACAGAACAUAGAAACCACUAUUACAAUCAAAGAAGCUGCGGUAUUUCCUAUUAAAUCAUGUGGUGCAUUCAAAAUAAGGACUUCCUGGAGAAUUGGACCCAAAGGCUUUGAAUAUGACAGAGAAUGGAUGAUUGUUAAAGAUAAUGGCGUAUGUCUGACACAAAAACAAAAUCCUAGAAUGUGUAUGAUAAAACCGAGAAUAGAUCUGCAUAGAAGAACAAUGACGUUACACUUUGAAGGUAAGCACCCAAUAACGAUGCCUUUAGAUAUAACUACUGACAACAAACUCAAAAACUCGUCACUCUGUCACAGCAAAGUUUGUACGGAUACAAUAAAGGGGCACGACUGUGGAGAUGAGGUAGCUGACUGGAUAUCAGAAGCUUUAGAAGUAUCUUACUUACGACUUAUCAGACAGUCAAGUGAGGACAACAGAGUUCUGAAAAAGCAAACGGAGGGAGAGAAAAAACUGCUAUCAUUAAGUAAUCAAGCCCAAUUUCUUCUAAUAAACAAAGCUACAGUGCGAUGGUUACGGAAAAAGAUCGCCGAUCCUCUUUUUACGGACGAUAUUGAAAGUUUAACGGACCGUUUUAGAGGAAACCUUAUUAUUGAAAUGGAUGAAGAACUAGCCGAACGAGAUUGGCACAGGGUCAUCAUUGGGAAUCAAGAGUUCAAGGUUGAAGGCCAGUGUCCUAGAUGCCAGAUGGUAUGCAUAGACCAGCAAACUGGUGAAAAAACCGUAGAACCUCUAAGAACAAUAUCCGAACAGUUCGCAGGAAAACUGCGGUUCGGUAUUUAUUUAACUUAUUUAGGAGCAGCCGACGGUUCCAAAGACCGUCUUCUCAAAAUACAUUCGCCUGUGAAACCAAUCAUCAAUGAUGAUGAUAUAAGUAGAUGAAAUAUUUAGGUAAUUGUGUGGUUACAUCGUAUUUUAAUUUAAGAAAAAUAUAUUUUCUUAUUUGGGGUAGAAGUAAGGUGGUUGGGUACAUCUAAUUGGGUUUAAGAUUAAGUAUAGUAGAUACUGUGAAAUAUGGGAUGUAUAUCAGUGAUAUAUUCUUUUAAAUCUUAUCUUCUGGGGCUAUGAUCCGUAUCUCAUCAAGUAGUCAUUAUUUGAGGGUAAUUUUGAUUGAAUUGAAUACUUGCCCAUGCUAUGCUUCCGUAGACAUAUGCGAAUUGACAUUUGUUAUUUAAAUUCCAAAAAAGACAUCUAGAAUAAUAAUAAACAAACAUUGAUUUUAAUUUGGAUAUUACUUGAUAUUUUGUCAUGCCCCAGUGAUAUUAAUAAAUCGUUUAACAUCCCACUGCAUCUGACCCUUAAAUAUAUUUUUAUAAACGUACAUACAAGAGCAAUGCAAUAUUUGUCAUGACAAUAUAAGACCUUCAUGAGAUAUGGACCUGUCCUACACCAUUAACACAUUAUCUCUUACUUUUAUUGUACAUUUUAUACAUAAAAUGAAAUAUUGUAUAUUAUGUUUAUUUUUUAAUGUAUGUAAUAAUGAGAGCAGAAUUUACGGCUGUGAUUUAUUGAAAUCGAAUAAAAUACAAAAUUUAUUUUUA